CAGUCAUUAACAUAGCAUACUUUUCAUCCUUCUGUCACUAUUUUUCUGAUAUUAAUUGUUGACCAUAUGAUUAGCUUCAAUUUGUUGCACUCUGGUUUAGGAUUUCAAAGCCACCGUUGUGGGACGAACUGUAGGUAGUCGUACGGAUCGCCAAUUAACAUGAAAAAGGAGACAAAUGUAGACGGAGAAGAUGGUUUUGCAAUUCUAGGACUUCAAAGUCAUUACAAUCAAAGUUCACCACUCAUGGCAUUGCCCGCCAAUGCCUCUGGUGCAUGUGAAAAUUUGUGCAAGGAGUUGCUUUUUGUAACUCAGAG